AUGCGGACCUCAUUUGGGAGGCCCGCCUCCUUCCCUAUGUACUAUAUAGCUGCAGCCUGUGGCCCCUGGCCGCGUGGGCCCGCGUACUUCGCGCUGCUGUUCCGGCUCUGGACCCUCUUCAUGCCGAGCAGGCUUCUGAUGUUCAUCAUCGUGCCGGUGAAGUAUCAGGUCCUCUGGGACAGCGUGGUGUCGUUCCUCUGGCAGGUCGUCCUGUCCCUCUUCGAGUCCAAGCACGGGAGGAUGCUCGGCUCGAACGGGGGCCUGAUCGCCGAGGCCAUGGAGUUCGAGGGGUUCGGCUACCUGGUCGCGAGGCCGGUUGGCGUCCAGUUCCUACCCCGGGAGUCCUGA